AUGCCGCCCUACGUACACACCGGUCCAGUGGACUGCUCCCAGGAUGCAGACUGCAGCGCCUUGACAGGCAAAACCGCCAUCGUCACAGGCGGUGCCAACGGCCUUGGGGAAGCCUAUGUCCGCGCACUCGUCGCAGCCGGGUAUGCUUCCCACCUCUUACACUUAUUCGCGACUAAUGCAAGUUCAACCACAGUGUCCGCGUCUGUAUUGGCGACAUCGACACAGAGAAAGGCCAGAAACUCGAAUCUGAGCUACCAGGCCCCAAGCACCAAAUUCAUCCCCUGCUCAACCGGCACCUGGACCGACCAAGUCCGUCUAUUUGAAGAAGCAGUCACCCUCUCUCCAACCAACCGCAUCCACUACGUGAUCGCCAACGCCGGCAUCCACCGCGUAGAUGAAAUCUUCCAGCCAGGACCCGAAUCCCUCCCCGAACCAGACCUAAGCAUCGUCGACAUCAACAUCAAAGGCCCUCUCUACACGGCCAAACUAGCCAUGCACUACUUCAUCCGCCAGAACGGGACCACGCCCACCCCAGAGCAGGAAGAUACAUGCUUGAUCCUCAUCGGCUCCGGCGCCGGCUUCCUCGAUGUGCCACGCUCACCGCAGUACUGUGCCAGUAAAUGGGCGAUGCGGGGAAUCAUGCAUUCCCUGCGUCGGACGACGUAUUACUACGGGUCCCGAGUAAACGUGAUUAGUCCGUGGUAUGUGCACACCGGAAUUUUGUCUGAGGAGGCAUUUGCACAUGUUAAGCGGGCCGGGGUGGAGUUUGCCACAGCGGAGGAUGCAGGACGCUGCUUGCUGAGGAUCUUGGCAGAUGGGAAGGUUAAUGGGCAUUCGUUCUUUGUGACGGCUCGGAAGUGGGCGGAGAAGGGGUUUAUGGAUUUGGACUUGGAGGAUUACGGGGAUGAUGCAUUACUGGGGGAGGUGCAGGAGAUGCAGAUGUGCAGUGCCCCGGUGGAAGCCGGGUUGUUUGGUUAG